AUGGUCACAAUUUCAUUGAAGUUGGCCUUGGUAUUUGCAUUUUUUCACCUCAUUCUCGCUGCAAACGUUACUCUGUAUACUCCCCUCUACGCCAAACAUUCCCACUCCACGCCAGUAUUCCUUAAUACUAGCGGCAAAUCAGUCAAUCCUCUGAUCAAAGCUCUCCACACUCGAGAUUUCUUAGAGAAAAGAGACCUUCCAACAGGCACCUGCGCACCAGGUACUCCGUGUGUCAAUGGAGCGUGCUGUGGAAUGAAUGGACUCUGUGGCUACUCGCCACUUGAGUGUGGAACCUCCACCUGUCUCUCGAACUGCAAUGCGACGGCAGAAUGUGGUCAAUAUGCUCUGCCAGACUCAGCUCACUGCCCCCUGAAUGUUUGCUGUUCUUAUUUUGGAUUCUGCGGAACCACAGAUCAAUUUUGCAGUACAGAAAAUGACACCACCAGUGAUACGCCUUGCCAAGAGGGAUACGGCACCUGUGGUCCGGCAAAUACACCUUCGUGUACCGGUGGAAGUAGCAUUUCUGGAAGAACGAUUGGAUACUAUGAGUCUUGGUCCAAUACUCGCCCUUGCGAUAAGAGAGCUCCAAAAGACCUUGAUCUUACCGGAUUCACACACAUGAACUUUGCUUUUGCCUUCUUCGACCCUACAUCCUUCGAAUUGGCACCUAUGGAUGCUAAUGCACAGUCUCUGUACUCCGACUUUACCAAUAUCAAGUCUGCAAAUCCAGGUCUCAAAACUUGGAUUUCUGUCGGAGGAUGGACAUUUAAUGACGAUGAUAAUUCUCCGAGUACUCGAACAGCUUUCAGUGACAUGGCAAGUACAUCAGCCAAUCGGGCUGCAUUUAUCAAAUCUCUAACUAAAUUCUUCAAUACCUACGGUUUUGAUGGGAUUGAUAUUGAUUGGGAGUAUCCAUCAGCAGGUGAUAGAGGUGGUGUCAAAGCAGAUGCUGCUAACUUUGUCAGCUUGGUAAAGGACCUUCGCAAUGCAUUUGGGUCCAGCAAAGGUAUUUCUGCCACUCUGCCGUCGUCUUUCUGGUAUCUUCAGGGAUUCGAUGUCGUUGGUAUGGCCUCGUAUCUAGAUUGGUUCAACGUUAUGACAUAUGAUAUUCAUGGAACUUGGGAUUCAACGAGCAAGUUCACCGGACCAUAUAUUCGACCCCAUACGAAUUUGACCGAGAUCGAGCAAGGGCUUGAGCUACUUUGGAGAGCUGGAAUUGACCCUCAGAAAGUCACUUUAGGCCUGGGCUGGUAUGGUAGAUCAUUCACACUCUCCGACACGACUUGUACGACGCCAAAUGGUGUUUGUAUGUUUGCGGCGGGUGGCACUCCAGGAGAAUGUACCAAUUCCGCUGGUACUCUCUCAAACGCAGAAAUUUUCCGGAUCAUACAAGACAACGACUUGGUCAAGACUUAUGACGAUGUCGCAGCUGUCAACUGGAUUUCUUGGAAUGAUGACCAGUGGGUAAGCUAUGAUGAUGGCGAAAGUAUGCAGGCGAAACUUCAAAAGGCAAAUGAUCUCUGUUUGGGAGGGAUCAUGAUCUGGUCUGUUGACCAAGACAACACAAAUGGGGACAGCACCUCUGAUCUUUUAGGUAUCGGACCCACUAAUGGCCGCUCCUCAGUCGAAGCCGCCGAAAUAAAAUCAAAGAUGGUUGAUGUAACCCAAGGAGCGCAGGUUCAGAAUUCUUGCUACUGGACCUUCUGCGGGCAGUCUUGCCAGAACGCAUAUUUUCCGGUAACGCAAGCAAAAGGGGAAGAUGCCAACAAUAACGCGGAUGUUUCCAGAAACACCGUCUGUACAGGUACAGAUGUUCAACAGCUUUGCUGUGCUCCAGGGACAACACUUGGAACUUGUCAGUGGGAGGGAUGGAAUGGUGUGGGAAUGCCUUGUUCUCCGAUUUGUACCGAUGAAAACGCCAUUAUUAUCGCGGAGAAUAGUAACGAUUCGAAUGGCGGAGUCAUCGAGGAUCAGACGUGCAAUGGUGGUUAUCAAGCGUACUGUUGCUCUGGCUUCGUUGCCUCUACACAAACCAACCCCAGCAACCUCCAGCUUGUCGGUCAAAAUGGCGUCACAAAACGAGGAAUUGGACCAGUUGGGAGUACUGUCGGCCGAUGUCUCAGUGCUGCCGCCAUUGCGGCCGAAGAAAUCGCGGCCGCCGCGCUGGCUUUCUUUACCUUCGGGGCUAGUGAAGUUGCCUUUGCCGCUGAAGUAGUUGUCAAUAUCGCAGUCUGCGCAGCACUGGCUGCUGUUGCAAGGUCAGCGCCUCCAGGCGGGCCAUCUCAAGGUAAACCGAAAACUCCGAAGACUGGGGGAACUGGAGGCUCCAAAACUGCUGCAGGAAGAUAUGACAUUAAAACUUACCCUACUUCGAGUGAUUCCUCCGCCUGCGGUUGCCUGGUCACUUAUACCUGUCAGUAUGGCAUUCAGCCCAAUGGGUGGGAUGAGGUGUGCGACAAUCAGCGCUGGGGAAUCGAUAAGGUCAUGAACGGAUUGACUCGUGAAAUAGCCCCCAGAGCUGGAGUUCAGUAUCAACAGCAGAGUUGGAGGCCACAGCAUCUGGGCUGGCAAGCUCUCGCACAAGCCAGUGCGCCCAAUGAAAACGGGAAUUUGGAGAGUAGAUGUCAAUUUCCCAUGGGCUCUCUCGUCGAAGCCAGAGGCCUUGGGCCUCAAGUCUGUCGUCUCGUAAACGGUCCUGCAAACAGACGUCAAGGAAAUGACUUCGGGAAUUUCAUCAUUGCUUCAUGGGAGCCUUGCAGGGCUUAUCAGUCAGCGGUGUGUUCAACUGCUAACGCAGAUCCUCCUAUCACAUGGGCAUUCGAUGGAAUGGAUGCCUCCCGAAUUGCGGGCAACGUAAAUGGAAAACACUUUAUCCAGCACUAUGGGUUCGAUUCUCAAACAGCUGGAAAAGAGUGCUGGGCAACUGCCUCUUUUAAUGACCCUAGCGGGGCACCCGUAACCUCCACUGUUCUGGAUCAUGGUUUCCGCGUGCUUAGUAACGAUCCGAUAUUCUCAGCUCCCUACUUAUGGCCAGCCCAAGCGUACGCACCCACACCAAACGCAAACGCUGUUUUACCACAGAACAUCGCUAGUGCAAUCUAUCAGAGACAGCAAGAUGUGCUGGCAGAAUUAGAAGGUCAUAAGGCUACGUAUAACGGAUCUGAGGUUGAUUGCAGUACAUGCGAUGUUAUUGUGGAUAAACACGGACAGGAAUUCCGGCCUCGUGGACGUGCCUGGAGACAUGUGAAGAAGCCAAAUGAGGAAGUCACUGUCACGACUACGAGUGCAGUGGUACUAAAAAGCACAGAAGCCUUGACGGAAGGGGGUUCGGAGGUGAAGAGGACACUUCCCCGCGAGACGGGAUCAGCGGCGUGA